AUGAACUUCACGCGGGCGCCUACUAGGCCGAUAGCCAUUACUGCGGUCCGCCCGCCGCAACCUACCACGCCGGUGACGCCGGCGCCGCCGCUGGUGUCGCCGCCGCGCCGCAAGGAGACACGCACGCCGCUGGGCUCGCAGACCAUCUUCCCGCUGUCGCUGGACUCGCCCGCCUCGCCGCCCGACCUCGACGACCUCAAGGGUGAGUGGCUCCACACUCGACGGACCGACGACCGUCGCUGGACACAUGUCGCCGCCGCGGGGCUCGCAGACCAUCUUCCCGCUGUCGCUGGACUCGCCCGCCUCGCCGCCCGACCUCGACGACCUCAAGGGUGA